CCCCCCCGGGGACACAGCCCCUCGGAGGGGGGGGCUGGGCUGGCCCUGCAGGGGGGAUGUGGCAGCUCGGGGUCCUCAUCCCCCUCCUUGGAGCGGGCGCCCUGCGGGUGACCCAGGAGCCGGGCGAGCUGCAGGUGACAGCGGGUGACACGGCGGCCCUGGCGUGCCAGGUGGAGGUGGCCGAGGGGGGGUCCCUGCUGCGGAUGGAGUGGGUGAGGGGCGGGGGGCUCGGGGUGCUCUGCGCCACCCGCCUGCGCUUUGGCACCCCGCUGUCCCCGUUCCCCUGUCCCCGCCGUGCCCGGGGGGCGCAGCUGGCCUGGCACCCCCCCCGGGCCACCCUCAGCCUCCCGCAGGUGCGGGACAACGACAGCGGCAGCUACGUCUGCAGGGUGACCCUCGAGAUCCCCCGGCACGGCACCGCCACCGGCAACGGCACCGAGCUCCGCGUCACCCCCGCAGCUCUCGGAGCACAUCAGGCAGCGCUGCUCUGGCCGCUCCUGGGGGGCCUGGGGGGCACCGCCCUUCUCCUGGGGACGGCCGUGCUCGGCCACCGCUGCUGUCACAGGAGCCCAGGCGCUGCCCACCCCGACACGGCCAUCUACCUGAACGUGGUGUCCCCGUCGGCCACCGCAAAGCUGCGCCCCCCCGAGCCGAAGGUGUGCCCGUACCAGCCGGAGCUGCGGCGGGCGCGGGGCCCCCCCCUGCCCCCCCGGCCCUGA